UCUGGAGCGCGGUUUGUGUUUUAGCUUCCGAGGUCGCACGUGACACAACAGCGCGCCAGAAUUCCAAACAUUCGAUUCUAAAAAGAAACAAAUGAGCAAAAGUAAAAUAUUCGCGCGUCAAUAACAGAGUUAUGGACAGCCAAAUGGAACCAAUGGAGCACGGUGUUCUGAAUCACCUGAUGGCUUUAGAGAGAGGAGGUAUGAGACAGCAGGACCAGCAUCAGUCUGAGAGGUUAGAGAUGCUCAAGGUCAAAGCUCUGACUCUCCGUGCCAAAAGAGAUCAACUCAAACGUCAGACAGAUGCCAUCAAGAUCCUUAAAGAUAAAAUCAGCAAAGAUCUUCCUUUACAUGAUGAUGAUGAUGAUGCUGGCGGCCUCAUAAAAAUGCAGCAGUCUUUGUUAACUGCUUGGAAAAUGCAGUUGAAAGACCUUCAGCGUGCUCAUCACUUAAUUGGUGGCUAUGAUUUGGUGGAGUGUAAGGAAGGGAAAAGUGUGUGUGUGUCUUUUCACACAGCUUUUGAGGGUGUGUAUUUGGAGACGUAUAAUAUGGAGCUGGAUCUGACGCGCACCGUGCAGAUCUCCCGCCAUAACAUCCCACCGUCAUUACCACUCGAGAGUUUUGCCAAACAGAACCUGCAGAAAGACCUAAAAGCCUUCCUGCAAACCCUCAGCCAGAACCUCAAUGCUUUAGCUGGUCGCAGACAGCAGGUCUCCCUCAUCAAGGAACUCGUUGGUUCGGUGGAGGUGAUGGAGAGCAAUCAGCUGUGCAAUAUUCUCGUGCUCAUGUGUACAGAACAAGGAGAGACUCCCAAAGCUGUUCUGUGCACACUGGAGUAUGGAGAUCUCACACAAUGUCUCCCAACACGUGUCAGCAUUGAGAGUGAAGAUAAAACCAUUUCGGAGUCUCCACAUUGGAAGAAAAACCAGUCGCUGCUCCUGGAGUCUCCAGCUCAUACGGCUCUCCUGACCAUGAGGAGGAUGGGAAGCAUUGCUUAAGGAAAUCAAUUCAUUUCAUGUAAAUAAUGUUCUGUGAUAGUGCAGUUAAAAACCCAACAGUUCUAUCAAUGGGCUCAUAUAACAGAGAGAUGCCUCAGAGGUAGAUUAGCAUGCAGAUGAGGAAACAAACAACUAUUUAGAAUGAUCUAUACGUUAAAAAUGUCCUUUAGUACAAAUAAAGAUUCAUCUGACAACCAUACUCACAAGCACAUGAUGUUAAAUGUGUUCUAUAGUGUUGAGAAAGCUCCUUAUUUUCUGUCGUAGUUUUUCUCUCUCCAGUUGUUUCAGUCUUUCUUUAUACCCUCGGUAACACUCUUCCCGAUACAUCAGCUCUCUCUGGGAGAUGCUGUCGAUCAGCGCCAGGUUUUUCAGCUGUAGAAUAGAUAGCUGACCAUUCUCCGACGCUUUGAAUCUCUCUGUGAAUGGAGAUGAAUCAUCUUGCUUGACCCAAAAUGAUGCUGAUUUAGCAAACCUCUGUUGGUUAUCAUCCUCAAAGGUUUGAAUAGAGGAUAAAGCUCUGAAUGCUGGGGCAGAUUUUGAGAAUCGGGUCUCGCGUGCGUCGUUUGCCAUCCUGACCUCUGAUAUGGUCCUCAUCGUGUUGUUUAUUGUCGCGUACGGUUCGCAAACCUUUAAUUGCAGCAGCCGUUUGUGCUCUUUCAGCGCGAUCUGUCGUUCCUGCUCCAGCAGUCUGAGGUUGAUUCUGUGUCUGGUGCUGAUGUUGUGUAGUUUCCUCUGAAGAUAGACGUCCUCUUUGUGGUUCAGCAGUCUUACGUCCAUGUAAAUGAAAGACUUGGGUUUCUUAAUCCUUGGCUGUGUUGUCAUUUUGAGAUGUUUCUUGAAACAAAUACUGUAAAUCGAACGCACACCCAUUUUGUUUUGGUUAAGCACACACAUGCAGAUUGUUCCAAGCCGAAUAUAUUUUACAAACACACACAAAUGUCUCAGAAGCUUCAAGCUUUUAAACCACAAUGAUUGCUCGAAGGCUAACUUAUUUUAUGAAAAUAUGUAUGUGUAUGGACAUUGUAUAUACAUAAUAAAUGCAAGUUUACUGUACCUGAAA